UUUAUCUUCUCUUACAAGUAUGCUAUUUCCAUUUUCUUUUUUAAUUUGUUGAGUUAAAGCUUUUUUAUUUUUCUUAUUGGAUUCUUCUUCAUGGCUAAUUAGUCUUAUGAGGUCACCAAAAGGGAUUGUUAGGAGGAUAGAAGAAGCGGUUUUUCAAGGAAACCUUUGUGAAAAAUACCCCAAAUGGCUUCUUCCCCAAAAGGUUCUACAUCUUCAUCACAUGUUUCAUCACCACCUCCAUCAGUGGGGGAUAAGUCCACUGCGCCACCGCCAGUUCCAGCUUCCUCGCCACCAAACCCACCUUCGGUGCCACCGCCUCCCCCAGCAGAGUCAAAUUCACCUUCACCACCUUCAUAUUCAAGUACUUCAUCCUUUUCACCACCUUCGACACCCACUUUGCUCCCACCGACAUCGUCUUCUACAUCAUCGUCAUCACACUCGACCUUGUCCUCGUCACCAUCAUCACCAUCAUCAUGGACAUCAUCGACAACAUCGACAUCAAAAUCACCCUCAUCAUCAUCAACAAGAUCAUCAACAUCGCCUUUACAGAAACCCUCAUCAAAUACCAAUGGAAACAAUCAAAAUAAUACCACCGUAACAAGCCCUACACCAUCACCACCACCACCAUUAUCACCACCAUCAUUAUCAUCACUAUCAUCAUCACCGCCGCCACUGCCAGCAAAUUCGCCACUUGAAAAUAGCUUACCGAAUCCUUCUUCCACCCCAAUACUUUCAUCCCCACCACCAACAUCAAACUCAUCCACUAAUCAAAUUGAAAACACACCAAAAUCAUCUAAUAUGCCAUUUUCAUCUACAUUGCCAAUUAUAAUAGGAGUUCCAGUUAGUGUUGGUUUAUUACUUGGUCUCAUUUUAAUGUGCAUCAAUGCGAUGCGCACUAAAAGGAAAGAAGACUUCGAAAAGCAUGUGCAAAAAGGUAAAUAUAUUUUGAUUUAAUUC